GGCGGCGCCAGACAUGCGUCAUUCGUCAAGCACCGAGCAGCGACUCGCCGAAUCGCGAGCAGUGUGGAUGUCUGUUUGUCUAUUCGGCAAGCAGCAAACAUUAGUGCUCGUUGUUUCCCGUUCAGUGUCGGUCUUUUGCACACAUCAAAGUGGACGAAUAUUUGGGAAAAGGCAAACUUUGCUUCAUCCACACAUUCGGCUUUGUGGUUGGGAGAUAAGAACUGUUCACGGUUUCCAAUUUUGUCAUCAGAGCCUCAUUGACUAUUGGGUAUGGAGUGGCCUAAUGAGUUGGUGUUGGAUUUCUUACAAUACUAUGAGAAUGAACCAGUUAUUUGGAACCCUUCUCAUCCCAAUCACAAAAAUAGAAAUGAAAUAUACGAUGCAUGGAAAAGAAUCGAAAGCAAGAUGGGUAACAAGUUUUCUGUCACCGAAUUGAAAAAGAAAAAAGACUCUCUGAUGGCUUCAUUUAGAACGUGUUUGAAAAAGGUUAAGGAAAGCUGUAAAAGUGGAGCCGGAUCUGAUGAUAUAUACAAACCAAAUUGGUUUGCUUAUGAAAUCAUGGAAAGAUUUCUCAAAGAUAAGAACCUGCCAAGAGAGACACUUAGUUCAGAGGUGGCUCCACCUCCAAAUGAAGAGCAAUUCCAAGCCGAAAGGAACAUAGAUUUGCCAAAUUUAUCAGAUAAUGUACCAUCUGCCAGCAGGGAAGAGCCUGAACAAAGAAACGAAGCUAUUGUUCUACCUGCUUGUGCCACAACUUCGCCUAACUAUGCCUCAUCUUCCUUUAAACCUCCACCACGAAAAAAGUCCAGAACAGCUGAAGAAAUUGAGAUAAAAAAGAAGAUGGAUGCUGCGUUUACUACUUUACAAUCACUUCAACCAAAAAAAGAAAAACACUUAUGUGACAUAUACGGCGAAUUAGUUGCGGCAAAAUUAAAAUCGAUGGACGAGUCUACAAGGGAAAUAUGUAUGCACCGGAUUGACAACGUUCUUUUUGAAAUGAGAAUGGUGAAAGGACCUGCAACAUCGGGCAACACCUACUUCAUGCAACCAUCACCUUCCUCGUCAGCUUCUGUAAAUUCAUCCCCAUGUCCUGAUGAAACUUUAACAUUGUACACAGUUCCAAGUGAUUCCAACGAAUUACAUGCUCUCUCUGGAACUGUUGUAGUAUGUUCUGAUGCUGAAAAUAGUGAACAUCCUCCAAAUGUUGGACUUGAAAACUACUUUUCCAAAUUUAAAUAAUUGGUUACUUAAUAUGUUACUAAAUAAUAUAUACUUAUUGUUUAAAUGCUAAACCUAAUAACAAUAAUACGUAAAUGAUGUAAAUGUUCUUGUACAACGUGACGAAUAAAAUGAGUUUGAAAAUUUUA